AUGGACACCGACAACAGCGAGUGGGCGAGCGAGCCCAUUGCCGUCAUUGGCAUGAGCUGCAAAUUCUCGGGCGGUGCCAGCAACCCAGACAAGCUCUGGGACCUUAUGGCUUCAGGCAAGACCGGCUGGAGCGAGAUCCCAAAAGAACGGUAUAAUCUCGAGGGAGUCUACCACGCCAACCACGAAAGAAACAGCACGACACACGUCAAGGGCGGACACUUUCUCGACGACGAUGUAGCCGCCUUUGAUGCCGCAUUCUUCAACUACUCGGCCGAAAUGGCCCAGGCGGUCGACCCGCAAUUCCGGCUGCAGCUCGAGUCUACUUAUGAGGCGCUCGAAAAUGCCGGCCUACCUCUCUCGCAGGUCAUGGGAUCACAGACGUCCGUCUUCGCGGGCGUCUUCACACAUGACUACCAAGAGGGGAUAAUACGGGACGAAGAUGGGCUGCCACGGUUCAACGUCGUGGGCACCUGGAGCCCCAUGUCGUCCAACCGCAUCUCGCACUUUUUUGACUUUCGCGGCGCCAGCAUGACUCUGGAAACGGGAUGUUCAACGACGCUGGUGGCCCUGCACCAAGCCGUCCACACCUUGCGCAACCGCGAGGCCGACAUGUCCGUGGUGACAGGGGCCAACGUGAUGCUGAAUCCGGAUACGUUCAAGGCCAUCGGGUCGCUGGGGAUGCUGUCGCCCGACGGCAGGUCAUACGCCUUUGAUUCGCGCGCCAACGGGUACGGUCGCGGAGAGGGCGUAGCCACCAUCGUCAUCAAGCGCCUGUCGGACGCGCUGGCCGCCAACGACCCCGUUCGCGCCGUGAUCCGCGAGACGGCCCUGAACCAGGACGGCAAGACGGACACAAUCACGACGCCAUCCGGCGCCGCCCAGGUAGAGCUCAUGCGGGAAUGCUACCGCCGGGCCGGCCUCGACCCGCGCGGCACGCAGUACUUUGAGGCCCACGGCACCGGGACCCCGGCCGGUGACCCGAUCGAGGCGGGAGCCGUGGCCGCCGUCUUUGCCGGAGGCCAAGGCCGCGACGACAGGGAACACUACCUGCGCAUCGGCUCCCUCAAGACCAACGUCGGCCAUACUGAAGCAGCUUCGGGUCUCGCCGCCGUCGUCAAGGGUGUCUUGUGCCUUGAAAAGGGGCUGAUCCCGCCCACUGUAAACUAUGAGCGGCCCAACCCGAAGCUGAAGCUGGACGAGUGGCGUCUCAAGGUGGUGAGAAUGAUGGAGCAGUGGCCUGACAGUCUGGUUGAUGGUCCGCGCCGCAUGUCCAUCAACAACUUUGGCUACGGCGGAGCGAAUGCCCACGUCAUUUUGGAGAGCGCCGACCCGUGGACGUCAACAUCAGGUCUGGAUCUCGAGCCCGUCAGUGGCAGGCACAGCAAGAAUGGAAACAAGGGGCAUGUCCACGGCAACGGCUAUACCAAUGGCAGCCAUGACACAAACGACGCCACCGACGACGCCAAAGUGCUCGUCCUCAGUGCGCGUGACGAGAGGGCAUGUCAGCAAAUGGUUUCAGAGCUCAAGGCCUAUCUGGAAAAGCACAGGUCGCUUGGACACGAGGACUCUGAGCAGCUGCUGCGCAAUCUCAGCUACACGCUGGGCGAGCGCCGGACGCUCUUCCCGUGGGUUGCGGCGCACCAGGUGCGUCUCGACAAAGACGGCGGCGUCGAGGCCGCCGUCCAAGCCCUUGACUCGCCUCGCUUCAAGCCCGGCCGCAGAGCGCCGGAUCGUCCGCGCAUCGGCAUGAUUUUCACCGGCCAGGGCGCGCAGUGGCAUGCCAUGGGCCGCGAGCUGCUGGCGUCGUACCCCGUCUUCCGCCAGUCCAUCGAGGAAGCCGAGGCGUAUCUGCGCGCCCUCGGGGCUGACUGGUCGCUCCUCGAGGAGCUGCAGCGCGACGCCAAGACGACAAGAGUCCACGCCACCAAGAUUAGCAUUCCCGUGUGCGUGGCGCUGCAGGUCGCACUGGUACGCCUGCUCGAGGCAUGGGGCAUCACGCCUUCGGCCGUCGCAAGCCACUCGUCGGGGGAGAUUGCGGCCGCCUUCGCCGUGGGUGCCCUCACGCAUCGUCAGGCCAUGGCGGCGGCCUACUACCGCGCCGUACUCGUGGCAGACGAGACACAGCACGCGCCGGGCGCUGCCAAGGGUGCCAUGGCGGCGGUAGGCUUGGGUGUUGAGGCGGUGCAGUCCUAUCUCGACAUGCUGACGACGGGGAACGGCAAGGCUGUUGUUGCAUGUGUCAACAGCCCCCAGAGCGUUACCAUCUCCGGUGAUGCUGACGCCGUGCAAGAGAUGGAGGACCUGUGCAAGCAGAACGACGUGUUCGCCCGUCGUCUCAGGGUCCAACAAGCAUACCACUCACACCAUAUGGAUCCCUUUGCUGAGGCGUACCGGGAGCGCCUUCGGGUCGAAAUGGCGCGAGAUGUGGUGCAGGGUGGCAAGCAACAUGUGCAGGCAGCCAAGCAACAACUUGGCGUCGUCUUUUCGUCGGCCGUCACUGGCGGACGCAUCACCGACGUCAAGGAAAUCGCCAGCCCCAACCACUGGGUCGGUAGUCUGGUGCAGCCGGUCGAGUUUGUCGACGCCUUUACCGAGAUGGUGCUGGGCGAUCCCGACGACCCGACGGGCAGAAGCGUCGACGUAUUGCUCGAGGUCGGCCCUCAUACGGCGCUUGGGGGCCCUAUCCGCGAGAUCUUAUCCCUGCCCGAGUUUGAGGGCAUCGAGCUGCCGUACUGGGGCUGUCUGGUACGCGACGAGCACGCGGGCGACAGCAUGCGAUCGGCCGCCAUCAAUCUGUUUCGCCAGGGGCAGCCCCUGAUCAUGGACCAGAUCAACUUCCCCCUGCCUGCGUACGACGGGGAGAGCCCCCUGGUCUUGACGAAUUUACCGACGUAUCCUUGGAACCACACGAUGCGUCACUGGCUAGAGUCAAGAGUCAACCGGGCCAUCCGCGAACGCAGUCAGCCACCUCACGAGCUCCUCGGCAUGCCCGUCGCCGGCCAUGAUCCUAGCACGGCCGUCUGGCGCCGCACGUUGCGCGUCACCGAAACCCCCUGGGUCCGCGAUCAUAUGGUGCAGGGCGCUAUUGUGUACCCAGGCUCGGGCUACAUUUGCCUCGCGAUUGAGGCCGCUAGGCAGAUGGAGAAGGUUGCCGGUGCCGCCGACCGAGACAAGUCCGGCGGGACCAUCUCGGGAUUCCGUCUGCGCGACGUUCACUUCCUUUUCGCCCUCGUUAUCCCAGACAGCGCCGACGGCGUUGAGAUCCGAACCACGCUUCAGCCUGUCCCCGAGCGGGAAAUUGGAGCCCGCGGCUGGCGGCGCUUUGAGGUAUCGUCCGUCACGCCGGAUAAUCGGUGGACGCUGCACGCCAAGGGCAUGGUCAUGGUCGAGCGGGAGGCGGCCGCCCCGGAGACGGCAGAGCGCCGUCCGUUGUCUAUUUAUACCCGUCAUCCAGACCCUCAGGACUUGUUCGCUAAUCUCAGGGCACGCAGCGUCUACCACGGCCCCCUGUUCCAGAACACGACCAAGAUCAUCCAGGAUGGCCGGGAGCCGCGAUCUGUAUGCGACAUUACGAUUCGCCACGAAGCGUCGUCUGAUACAGACCCGGUGGAGGCGGCACAGAACACGUUGUUGCACCCAAUCACCCUUGAUGCUAUUGUAGUGGCCUUCUAUUCCGCGCUGCCGAGCGUCGGAGCUCUGCAGGAAGACCCCAAGCUGCCACGGUCUGUCGCAUCCAUGUGGGUAUCGAGCAACAUCAGCCGCGAGACGGGCCGCACGUUGCGCUGCGACACGCGGCUGCUGCACGGCGACGCGCAAAGCGGCAUCGCUGACAUGACGGUUGUUGACGGCCAGACGGACGCGACGGUGCUCAAGAUACACGGUGUUGAGUUGGCGUCUCUGGGACGUGGCAGCGGACGUACGGCGCGUCAGCACGCGGCCGUUCCCAGCAAGUGGGAGCAAGAGCUGUGCAGCAAGCUCGUGUGGGGCCCCGACCUGUCGCUUCGAAACCCGCUGGCUCUCGCACAAAUCAAAAAGGAGCUGGUUCACGCCGAGUCCGCUACUGAAACAGACAAGGCCAGGAGCCUGCAGCGCUUAUGUAGUUAUUUUGCCCAUGAUGCGCUACAAUCGCUCACUUCGGAGGAUGUAGCACGACUUCAGGAGCACUCACACUUGGCCAAGUACCACGCGUGGCUGCGUGAAUUGACCAAGGCAGCCAAGAAUUGCGCGCUGGACGAGCCCGAGAAGCGCCAAGAAUACAUAGCCUCCGAUGCCCCGCAAGGCAUUGAUGAGAAGUGGGUCUCCCGGCUCGGGCCGCUCCUUCCAUCCAUUCUCCGUGGAGAGCUCCACGUGGACCAAGUGAGUGGGCCGCUGCUGAAUGAGUACCAUGCCAACGCGAUGCGUCGGUCAGUAGCACUGGGACAGCUCUCUACACUGCUAUGUAAGAUUGCACACAAAAACCCGAGUGCCCGCGUCCUCCAGAUCGGUGCUGGUACCGGCGCCCUCGCGACACGCCGUAUGCUGGAGACGCUUGGCGCGUCCAAAACGCCCCUGGUGGUGAGCUGGCACAUUACCGAACCAUCAUGGGAUUCGCUGGAGGAUGCCCGCGCUCAACUUGCCGACUGGACCCAUUUGCUCGAGUUUGACCAGCUCGACAUCGAGCAGAGCCCAGCCAAGCAAAAGUUUACCCCAGGGAGCUACGAUGUGGUUGUGGCCUUCCAUGCUCUACGCGCCACCAAGGACGCGACCAGUGCCGUAGCCAAUGUGCGCAGCCUGCUGAAGCCAGGCGGCACGUUUCUGUUUGCCGAGGUGACCAAGGACCAAGUAGAUGUAGAUUUCACCUUUGGCUUGCUGCCGAGCUGGUGGCAAGGCGAGGAAGGGUGCGACCACCCGACCCUCAGCGCGUCCUCUUGGGAUCGUCUGCUUCGGGACGCCGGGUUUAGUGGUGUCGAUCUUGAGAUUCGUGACUCGGAGAGCGACAUCAUCCACACCAACAGCGUCAUCAUGUCCACGGUGCCGCUCGCCAAAGACCAGAGCCCCGACCUGGGCAGGGCUCAUCACCGAGAGAGCUUCGUCGUGGUCACAAGUAGCAAGGCACCUCCGCCGCCGGGCUUCGUCGAUCUGCUAUCCAGGCGUAUCCAGGCCUUGACCGGUGCUGGCAGUCUCGCCCCUGAGCACCUGGUGCUCGAGCAGAGCAGCUCGGACACAUACAAGGCCAAGACUUGUGUUUUUUUGGGCGAGAUUGAUGAGCCCAUUCUGGCGGACCUCGAUGCAGUGCGCAUGGAGGGCCUCCGCGCCAUGGUCACGCAAUGCAGCGGCCUGCUAUGGGUCACGACCGGCGGUACCGUGGCGAGCGAGGCGCCGGAGCGGGCUGUUCACCAGGGUUUCCUGCGUGUGCUGCGCAACGAGUACAUCGGCCGUCGCCUUCUCUCCCUGGACCUCGAUCCUGCACAUGCCGCCGACAGAUGGUCCUCGGGCGGCGAGGUCGCCGUCUCGGCCAUUGUGCAGGUACUCGAAGAGGGAUUCGGCCGUCCCAACACGGAGGCUGGUCCGGCCGAGUUUGAGUACGCCGAGCGUGACGGCGUCCUGCAGGUCCCCCGGUACUACAAAGACGAGAAAUGCAAUGACAUGGUUGCCGGCCCGCUUGUGCCGAGCUGGGGUGAGGUGCUCCCAGUGGUCAAGGAUGACAAGGGAAGCAUCGAUGCUGUUGCCAGCAUUCCCCUAGAGCCCCUAUUCCAGGAGGACGGGACACUGCGACUGGAAGUGGGCAUCCCGGGACACUUGGACACAUUGGCCUUCCUUCACUACGAGGCAGACGACGAGGCGCUGACACCCGAGCUCGUUGAGAUUACCCCCCGGGCCUACGGGGUUUGCUCGCGCGACGCCAUGGCCGCCAUGGGCCAACUCAAGAAUCGCUCCAUGGGCUUUGAAUGUGCAGGCAUCAUUACGCGCGUUGGUGCCGAGGCACAGGAAAAGGGCUAUAAUGUCGGUGAUCGUGUCAUGGCGCUCUUGGCCGGCGCAUCCUUUGCCAGCCAUGCCCGCGUCCCGUGGCACGGCGUCAUCCAGAUACCGUACGGCAUGGACUUUGUCAAGGCCGCGUCACUUCCCCUGGCUUUUACUCUUGCGUACGCCGGCCUCGUCGACACCGCGCGUCUGUCUGCCGGGCAGUCGGUGCUCAUACACGCCGCGACCGGGGCCAUUGGGCAGGCCGCCAUCAUGUUGGCCAAGUGCCUCGGCGUGACGGACAUUUACGCCACGGCCGGGUCGCAGGAGAAGCGAGACCUUGUCCAGCGCGAGUACGGCAUCCCUGCCGAGCGCAUCUUCACUAGCCGCGACGCAUCCUUCGCCACGGCUGUUCUGGCCGCCACCAAGGGACGCGGCGUCGACGUCGUGCUCAACUCGCUGCCAGGUCCGCUACUGCAGGCAAGCCUCGACGCAAUCGCGCCCCUGGGCUACCUGAUCGAAAUAGGCAAGAAAGACAUUGAGAGCAACAGCCUGGUGGCACUGGAGUCCUUCUCCCGCGGCAUCUCGCUUGUAUCAUUGGACGCCCCGACGCUCUUGCGCCGCGGACCCGAUGUCCGCCGCGCGCUGGGUGAGAUGGUCCGCUUGAUUGAACUGCAGGUCUUGAAGCCGGUUCACCCCGUCGCCGUCUACCCCAUGCAAGAUGCCCAGGCGGCUUUCCGCUUCGUGCAGACGGGGGCACAGAUGGGCAAGGUCGUGCUCUCGGCUGGCCCAGACGAACUGGUCCACGUUGUCCCUCGGCCGAAGGGGGUCACGGCUCGAGUCCGGCUACAAGCCGAUGCGUCAUACCUCGUCGUGGGUGGUGUAGGCGGCAUCGGACGUUCAGUCGCACACUGGCUGGUAGCCCACGGCGCGAGGAACCUGAUCCUGCUUUCCCGUGCCGCCGGCGAUCUCGACCUCGACGUCAACAACAACACCCACGGCGCACUCUUCGUCCGCGAACUGCGCGAGGCGGGCUGUCGAGUCAAGCCCGUCAGCUGCGACAUUGCCCUCGCCAGCUCGCUGACCACGGCUCUCAGGGCCUGCGAGGACGACGGCUUCCCGCCGGUGCGCGGCGUCGUCCAGGGCGCCAUGUUGCUGCGCGACGCCGUCUUGGAGCAGAUGACGCUCGACGACUGGCGCGGCGGCCUGCGGCCCAAGCUGCACGGCACCUGGAACCUGCACACCGAGUUCUCGCAGCCGGCCUCGCUCGACUUCUUCGUCAUGCUGUCGUCCGUCUCGGGCGUGGUGGGAAUCGCAUCGCAGGCCAACUACGCCGCCGGCGGCUCCUACGAGGACGCCAUGGCUCGCUGGCGCCAGUCCCGGGGCCUGCCCGGCGUGGCCAUCGACCUCGGGCCCAUCUCCGACAUUGGCUACGUCUCGACCACGGCCAAGGUCGCCGAGCGCCUGCGCAAGGACGGCGACUUCGCCAUGCUCGACGAGGACACGGUGCUGCGCGCCCUCCACGCCGCCGUCCUGCACCCGCUCGGCGGCCGCUCCCAGAUCAUCGUCGGCCUCAACACGGCCCCGGGCCCGCAGUGGGAUGCCAACGGCCGAUCGCAGCUGGGCCGCGACGCCCGCUUUGCCGCUCUGCGACCGCUCGCCAGGGCCUCGGCGCCGCCGGCCGAUGGCGAGAGCGCCGGCACCUCGCUCGCCGCGCAGCUCGCCGAGGCGACGGACCAGCAGGAAGGGGCGCGGCUCGUCGGCGCGGCCAUUGCGGCCAAGCUGGCCGACAUCUUCAUGACGCCCGUUGCCGAGAUUGAUCUCGCCAAGCCCCCGGCGCACUUUGGCGUCGAUUCGCUGAUUGCUGUCGAGCUGAGGAACAUGCUUGUCUUGCAGGCCGCGGCGGAUAUUUCCAUCUUUAAUAUACUGCAGACGGCGAGCCUUGCUGCCCUGGCGGCCUUGGUGGCGGAGAAGAGCCGCCAUUUGCAGAGCGCUUAA